UCUCAUAUUCUUUGGUGGAAAGAGAGGAUGCAAAUGUGUAAAAAGCCAUCAACAGUUCAGUUGACGAAGAGGCUUGACUAUUCAAAUAUACUAGGACUUAAUGUCAGCUUGAAAAAUGGGAGUUUGAAAGAAGGAACUCUGAAUAUGGAGAUACUUCAAUUCAAAUCCAGAUUUCCCCGUGAAGUUUUACUUUGCCGGGUUGGAGAUUUUUACGAAGCCAUUGGAUUUGAUGCUUGUGUUCUUGUUGAACAUGCUGGUUUAAAUCCUUUUGGUGGUUUGCGGUCAGAUAGCAUUCCAAGAGCUGGCUGCCCUGUAGUGAAUUUGCGUCAGACUUUGGAUGACUUGACUCGUAGUGGGUUUUCUGUUUGCAUAGUUGAGGAACUUCAGGGCCCUACCCAGGCUCGAUCCCGGAAAGGUCGAUUUAUUUCUGGUCAUGCAUAUCCCGGGAGCCCUUAUGUUUUUGGACUUGCUGGUGGUGACCAUGAUGUUGAUUUUCCUGAGCCAAUGCCUGUAGUUGGGAUAUCACGGUCAGCAAAAGGGUAUUGUAUGAUCUCUGUCCUUGAGACAAUGAAAACAUUUUCAGCUGAAGAUGGACUCACAGAAGAGGCUAUAGUCACCAAGCUUCGCACUUGUCGAUAUCAUCACUUAUUUCUUCACAUGUCUUUGAGGCAUAAUGCUUCAGGUACUUCUCGUUGGGGAGAAUUUGGUGAAGGCGGGCUUUUAUGGGGAGAAUGUAAUGGAAAAUCCUUUGAAUGGUUUGAUGGCAAUCCUGUUGAAGAACUACUAUGCAAGGUAAGAGAUAUCUAUGGUAUAGAUGAUCAAGCCACAUUCCGUAAUGUUACUAUUUCUUCGGAGAGAAGGCCGCAACCUCUGUAUCUUGGAACAGCUACCCAGAUUGGAAUCAUUGCAACUGAGGGAAUACCUAGUUUAUUGAAGGUGUUGCUUCCAUCAAACUAUGUUGGCCUUCCAGUAUUGUAUAUCAGAGAUCUUCUUCUUAACCCUCCUGCAUAUGAGAUUGCCUCAGCGAUUCAAGAGGCAUGCAAGCUCAUGAGCAGUGUAACUUGUUCAAUCCCGGAUUUUACAUGUAUAUCAGGCGUAAAGCUUGUAAAAUUGUUGGAAUCAAAGGAGGCAAAUCACAUCGAGUUUUGUAGAAUAAAAAAUGUGGUUGAUGAGAUUCUCCAUAUGAGUAGGAAUUCCGAACUCUCCAAAAUCUUGCGUGUCUUGCUGGAACCCACAUGGGCAGCAACAGGCUUACGGGUUGAAUACGAGAUAAUGGUGCAUGAAUGUGGUUGGGUUUCUCGUAGGAUAGAUGAAAUCAUAUCUCAAAGUGACGAGAAAGGUCAAGAAAUAAGUUCCUUUGAAUUCAUUCCUCAAGACUUCUUUCAAGAUUUGGAAUCAUCAUGGAAAGGUCGUGUGAAGAGGAUCCAUGCCAUGGAGGCUUUUGAGGAAGUCGACAAGGCAGCUGAGGCCUUAUCCACAGCUAUCAAGGAAGACUUCCUUCCAAUUGUUUUAAGGGUGAAAUCAAUCAUGUCUUCUCUUGGAGGUCCAAAAGGUGAAAUAUGUUAUGCAAGAGAUCAUGAAGCUGUCUGGUUUAAGGGGAAACGAUUCAUGCCAGCUGUGUGGGCUAAUACUCCUGGGGAAGAGGAAAUAAAGCAACUUAAACCUGCUACAGAUUCAAAAGGAAAAAAGGUUGGAGAGGAAUGGUAUACCACAAACAAAGUUGAAAAUGCACUAAGCAGGUAUCAUGAAGCCUGUGAAAAAGCAAGGAACAAGGUCCUCGAAUUAUUGCGAGGCCUUUCUGCGGAGCUGCAGAACAAAAUCAAUGUCCUGGUCUUUUCCUCAAUGUUGCUUAUAAUAGCAAAGGCACUUGCUGGCCAUGUUAGUGAAGGCCGAAGAAGGGAAUGGGCAUUUCCUUGUUUAGUUGACUUCAUGAAAAAUGAGGAUAAAAAAACUAUAGAAUCAAUCAACAGGAUGGAGCUACAAGGGUUGUCACCAUAUUGGUUUGAUGUUUCGCAAGGCAAUGCAAUAAAGAAUACAGUUGAGAUGCAAUCUCUAUUCCUUCUGACUGGGCCCAAUGGUGGUGGUAAAUCCAGUUUGCUUCGAUCAAUAUGUGCUGCUGCUUUGCUUGGGAUCUGUGGACUCAUGGUGCCUGCUGACGUAGCUGUCAUUCCUCAUUUUGAUUCUAUUAUGCUGCAUAUGAAAGCGUACGACAGUCCUGCUGACGGGAAAAGCUCAUUUCAAAUUGAAAUGUCAGAGAUACGUUCUAUUGUCAUGGCAGCUUCCUCGAAGAGUCUUGUUCUUGUGGAUGAGAUAUGCCGUGGAACAGAAACAGCGAAAGGAACUUGCAUUGCUGGUAGCAUCAUUGAAAACCUUGAUCAUAUUGGCUGCCUGGGAAUUGUUUCAACCCACUUGCAUGGCAUUUUUGACUUGCCACUAGUUACCAAAAAUGUUGUGUAUAAAGCCAUGGGAUCCGAGAUUUUAGAUGGUGUCGUGAGACCAACAUGGAAACUGAUAGAUGGAAUCUGUAAAGAGAGCCUUGCCUUCGAGACCGCUCAGCGAGAAGGUCUUCCUGAAAUUAUCAUCAACAGGGCGAGAGAGUUAUAUGUUUCAGUAAAUGCCAUCGAUAAGACUGCCGUAGAUGUGAACCGUUUGGAUACCCAUGUUUCCAUGAAGGACCUGAGUGAAGUUGGUCAUUCCUCUAUGACCGGGACUUUGCAGGUCUUACAGGAUGAAGUAGAGAAUGCCGUUAAAGUUAUCUGCCAUGAAAAGUUGACGGAACUUUACAAGAAUAAUACCACAUCAGAUUCUUUGGAGGUGAAAUGUAUUGUGAUUGGUAGAAGAGAAUUACCGCCACCUUCAACAGUGGGUGCUUCUUGCAUUUACGUGCUUUUCAGAGCCGACGAUAAAAUAUAUGUCGGACAGACUGAUGAUCUUGCGGGUCGAGUCCGUGCUCAUCGAUCAAAGGAGGGCAUGCAAAAUGCAACAUUCAUAUAUAUAGUGGUUCCCGGUAAGAGCAUCGCGAGCCAACUGGAGACUCUUCUCAUCCAUCAGCUUCCCCGUCAAGGUUUCAAACUAAUCAAUAAAGCUGACGGUAAGCAUCGAAACUUUGGUACAUCUAAUCUAAAGCUCGAAUCUCUUAGCUUGCACCCGUGAAGCAGACGUGUCUCCAUCUCUAAUUCUCAUGCUCCGAGAAACUCUUUCGGCAAAUGCACCAAUUUUGUAACUCAAUGGUGCCGAUGCCAAUUUUGCAGAUAUCGUAUUCAUCUUAUCCUCUGUAAGUGAUACAUCAAAAUUGAUUUCAAUAGCCAAUUUGCACUAAUUAAAAGCAAUGUGUGUCUUCCAUGA